AUGGAUGAUAAUGAAUCGCGCAGAGACGUUAUCAUCCCGACGAUCUACGCCCUGCUGUGCCUCUGCGUGACCGCCGGCGGCGUCCUCCUCGCGCUCCACGUCUUCUUCCCCGCCGUAUCCCAGCCGUGGCACCCGAUCGCCGCCCUCAUCCUCAUCGGCUCGCCGUGGCUCGUCUGGCUCCUGGCCUACGUCUACGCCUGCGCCAAGGCAUGCUUCUCGCGCGCAGCCGCCGCCGGGGGAGACCGCCAGAUCCCGGCGAGACAGGCCACGAGGAGCGCGUCCACGUCUCCCGCCGCCGAACGGAAGGGCGGCGGAAAGCAGGAGUCCGUCGCCUCGUCCAAUGGCUCCGAGAUCCCUCUGGCGCAUGCGGUCUGA